AUGCUUAAAAUCACCGCAAUUUUGCUCAUCACUUUAAUCGUAGUUUCAGGUAUUUGAAAUAAAUUCCAGAUUUUCAGUCUGAAAUUUAGCUGAAAUUAAAAUUUUCAGACUGUGCAAAACGAUGCUAUUCCGGUUCCAAAGACAAAUAUGAGUCGAGGCAAUGUGAUACGGGAAUUGAUGGAAAAUUCACGUGCCAGAAAUUUACGUGUGAAGGCGGAAAGUGUGAGUUUUCGAAAAAAAAAUUUGAAUUUUUCAAAUUUGGCGCGAAAUUUUUUUUUCUAAAUUUAAAAUUUGGUCCAGAAACCCAAGGAGAACGUGAUUUUCCAAAAAAAAAUAAAUAAAAUUUUUUUUUCGAAAAAAAUUUUUUGUUGAUUUUUCUCAUGUUGUAAUAGUGGUCGUGAUUGUUUAUUUUUUGAGUUGUGGGAACUUUUUUAGGUUACUGUAGCCUAUAAACUACAGUACUCCUACAGUACCUUGAUUCCAGAAAAAAUGUAGAUCUACAGUAGUACUCCCUUAGGAAUUUCGAGUAGAUAAAAAAAUCCUUCUAGACCCAAAUUUUGUGCUGAAAAUCGUGGAAUUGCUGAAAAUCGCUGAAAAUCAAUAAUUUUGUCGUUUUCAGCACAAAAUUUCAGUCUAGAACCUUGUUUUCGGCAAUUUUCCAGCUGAUCCAAAAUUUCGGAAUUUUUGGCACAAUUUUCUACAGUACCUUUCUAGACCCUAAUUUCGUGCUGAAACUCGUGGAAUCGCUGAAAAUCGCUGAAAAUUGAUAUUUUCAUGAUUUUCAGCACAAAAUUUCAGCCUAGAAAGUUACAGUACCCAAGUGAAAUCUUAACUGUAAGUAGAUAAAAAAAUAUAGAUUAUAAAUUUCCUACAGUACUCUAAGAUCCCCCGGUAGUUCAAAAACCCUCUACAGUACUCCUACAGUACCUCAUGUCCCUUUAAAUUUUCUAGAGUAGAUCAAAAAAGUCACAACAGUGAGCUACAGUACCCUGACAAGACAAGUCUCUGUAGAUCAAAACCCAUACAGUAAUCCUACAGUAAUCCUACAGUAUACCGCAUGUCCCUUUAAACAUAGUGUCUCAACUACAGUACUCCUACAGUACCCCCAAAAAUCUCAAAAACAUUCCCAAUUUCAAGUAGAUCAAAGUAUUGUUCUACAGUACUCUUACAGUACUCCUCUUACAAUACAUCACAAACUUCAAAGAAUACUAUCUAUGAAUCUACUACAGUACCCUGAGCCCCUGUAGAUCAAGAUAAGAAUUCACCUACAGUAAUCUUACAGUACACCGCAUGUCCCUUUAAAUAUCGUGUUGUCAAAUUACAGCUCCAUUCAUCCUCCGAACUUGCGCCUCAAAAUCAAUGGGAUGUAUGGCUGGCCCGGCAAUCUGUAAAUUCAGCAAAGGAACCGGAAGCUGUUCGCGAUGCGACGAUGAUAAUUGUAAUAUUUGAGCUGAAGCUGAAGCUGAAAAAGAUCUCUGGACCUCCCAUCAUUUGUGCCUUGAAAAAUUCUGAAAAAUUCAUAAAUUUCUAUUUUUGGUCCCUGUUUUGUUGUGAAGUUUUUCCAGAUUUUUCCAGAUAAUCAUCUAUAAUUGGCGUGUUUUGACUUCCUUCCUUCCUGUCUAUUCUCCGUGUUUUUUCGCGAGUUACCGGAAGUAAUUUUGGCGCCAAAAUUUGAGUUGUUGUACUUUUUAAAUUGGUUUUUGUAGUUUGUUUUUUUUUUUGGCGGGAAAAAAAAGGAAAUUGGGCAAUUAGAAAUUUUUUGAGAUCAAAAGAUGGAGCUAGAGUUAGACAGCGAGAGAGCAAAGGUUAGAGACGCAGAGGGAGACGAACGAGAAGACAAGAGAUUUUUCUCACUGUCUGCGUCUCAUAGAAAUUUUGUUUUGUAUGAGAGGGGGUCAGACAGCGAGAGAGAAAAGGUAGAGACGCAAAGAUAUUAGAGAGAUGAGUAUAAAGAGAGAGGGAAGGGGGUUAGAGACGCAGAGGACCUGGAGGCAAAAUAGCAAAAGGCAGAGUUAGAGAAAGAGAGUGUAGUUAGAAGAUCAUUAGAGAAAAAAGAGAGAGAGAGAGAGUCAGACAGUUAUGUUAGAGACGCAGAGAAAUUCGAAAGAUUAUAAUGAAGAAAGAGAGAGAGAGAGAGAGAGAGAGAGAGAGGUUAGAGACGCAGAGUACACUCUAUGCGCUAGAACAAACAAAAGAUAUUGAGAUAAUGAGAAAGAUAGAGAGUCAGACAGCGAGAGAAAAUGUUAGAGACGCAGAGAAAUACAAGAGACUUCUCUGAUUGUCUGCGUCUCUCACAGUUAGAUAGCAUGGAGUUCUAGAAAGAGAGUUAGAGGGGUUAGAGACGCAGAGAAUUCAUAACAAGUAGUAAGAUAAUUAGAGAAAGAGUGUGCUCAGACAAUGAGAGAAGGGUAGAGAUGCAGAGGACACAAAACAUAGCAAAUUAGAAAAAGAGAGUUAGACAGCUAGAGGAGGGGUUAGAGACGCAGAGGACACAAAACAUAGCAAAUUAGAAAAAGAGAGUUAGACAGCUAGAGGAGGGGUUAGAGACGCAGAGGACACAAAACAUAGCAAAUUGGAAAGAGAGAGAGUCAGACAGCUAGAGAACAGGUUAGAGACGCAGAUAAUUAGAAAAAGAGUGUGCUUAGACGAUGAGAGGAGGGUAGAGACGCAGAGGAUCAGAAAAAUGUGAUUUGUUAGCUAAACCUCAAAAUUUUAGCUCCGCCCAUUUUAGUGUGCCGCGGAAUUUUCCGCAAAGCGUUCCGGACUCUUCCGCGCGCGAUCAGGCUUGAAUAGAGGCUCAGGGAUACACUCAGGCAUUCCGGAAGCUCUUCCGCGCGGCGCUCCAAAAACAAAAUAAAUUUUUGCAGUCGACGGCAACUUCACAGUCCGCGCUUGCUCUCCGGAAGGCGGAAGAUGCGAAGCGUCGGAAAUCAUGUGCGCAAAUCAAGGCGGCAUCGGAAGAUGUGAGAUUUGCGACGAUGACAAUUGCAAUUCCACACCGUCAGCUCUCAAAUUCCACGUCACACUCGGAGCCGUCAUAAUUUCGAUUGUUUUGUUUUCCCAAGUUUUUUGA